AUGGCGGAUCCUUUGUCGACGGCAGGCAGCGUUGUCGGGAUCAUUUCCCUCGGCAUCCAGGUCGUGCAGUCAAUCUACAAGUACUACAGUGCCGCGAAAGACCAGCAUUCUGACAUUGGUCGCACCCUGCGGAAACUCGAAGAUUUGCAAUCCUUGUUCGAAAGAUUGAACACGCAUCUCAGCGAUCGGAAAUUUCGAUCCAGUGAGGCGGCUCUGCUUCAAAACAUUGAGUGCACGAUUCAACACUGCGAGGAGUCCAUCGACGAGUUGGAACAAGAAGCGAGGAAGUUUGAGAAGAAACCGACCGACGGUGCUCGAACUGCAAUUAAAGGUGCCGUUCGUCGGUUGGCAUACCCGUUUAGGGAGAGCACUCUCCUGAAGCUGCACGAAGACAUUGACUAUCUCAUCAGUCAACUGUCUCUAGCCUUAUCGCUACUGCAGCAGCAGACCAUCGAUCUCGUACAAGAUGAAAUCGAGAAUACCAAUGCCAUACUCAACUUAAUCCGAACCUCACAAGUCUCCUCCGAGAUCCGAACUUGGCUCAAUGCUCCUGACGCGACCUUCAACUUUACUGAAGUCUUAGAGCUUUUCCAAAACGUCUACGUUGUUUUGGAUGCACUAGACGAGAGCCCUCGGGAAACUAGUCGAUUCGGUCUCUUGGAAACAUUGAAAGAGAUUCGGGAUUGGUCAGAGCUGGGAGUAAAUCUUUUGGUGACCAGCCGAGAUGAAGUAGAUAUUCGCGAAGGAAUAGAUAUCGAAGAUCAAGCGACCAUCUUGAUGAAGCACCAAGGGAUAGAUGAUGAUAUUGCGAGCUAUGUCUCGCAAUUUCUCCAACAGCGUCUUAAGCGUUUGAACGAGCACCAUUCCCUGAUUGAAAAGGUCUUGACCGAGAAGGCACAGGGCAUGUGA